ACCUGGGCUCGGACCCAGGCCAUGCGGAAUGGUAGCGCGCACUGCUAACCAUUACCCCACAGCGGCCGCACGAACAAAUCAUUGCCGUCCCCAAUUUUAAUCGAAAAUUCAUCGAACUCAGCUGUCAAAGCAAGUGAGAAUACAAAACAUCAAAGCAAAGAAAGAGGAAAGAAGGAAAAAAACAACGAUGAACUGUCAAACCAAAUAAAGAAUGUGCCGUAUAUAUCGGAUGAUUCGCCAAAGUAACUCAGAGCGAACCACGUAAUUGGCAGUUCCUGUGGGGACUUAGUGUUACAGCUCAUUGCGCGUAUUCUGCCUGAUAGUUUAGUCGGUCGAUUUUAAGUUUUAAAAAUUUUGAGCUUAAACAUAUGCACAAACAGUGCGUGAUGCGAUGGAGCUCAGUUCUUUUGGAGCUUAACUAUCACCUAUGUAUACUAACGUUUAAGUGUGGCUUUAAAAUGGCUGUUCCACUGAGUUAAAUAACGGUUUGAAGUAGCCGGCGAUCCCACAACUACUCAAAUCAAAUUUUACAUUCCUAGAGACUAGCUUCACAGUAUCCAAAAAGAAUUCACCAUCAGAAACCGAAAAAUUACCAAUUUCGACUCUUAAUUUGAUUGUACUAGGGGUAACGGAUUUCGAAUUAUUAACUGCAUAACUGAUUCCGUUCUUACUAUCCGCGAACGAAAUAAGUGCAAUUUGAGAUUAGCUAUGGAAAAAACGAAUUAAAUUAAAAUAAAGUUUUAAGCAGUGCCAAGUUUUAAACAAUUCAAACUUAUCAGUUCAUGUUUUAAAGAGCUUUAAUCUUUUUCCUUUGAAGAAUUUGCAAAACUCAUUUUUAAGCUAAUCGUAUGUACACAAUGAAAAUAUUGAUAGCUGGUCACUUACUCAGCUUCUUAUUCCAGGUACGGUUUUUAGUAAAUAUUUUUUGUAUUUUGUUUUCCAGGCCAAACGUGAUAUCCUUUUAGAUGAUGCACAAUCCAUAAUGUUGGCUGAAAUUUAUAAAACACUCACUUGCCUUUGGGAUGAGAAAGAAAUCUCAUAUAGAUUCAAAAAUAGACGUGAAGAGGCAAUAAAGCUAUUACAGCUAGAAUUUAACGAAAAAUCCGGAUUAAAUUUGACACAGCGCGAAUUGGAAAUUGAAAUAACACGACUGCGUAGGUCUUGUACAUACGAAAAGAAAAGAAAAAUUCUAUGUCAACGAAAAAACUUGGCAUAUCUACCAAUAAUUUCGUAUCACGAUCACAUUAGAUUUCUCGAGGUCGAUGUUCCGCCCUUUUAUUGCCCACAAUGUGGAAAAUUGCUGCUUGGCGCGGACGCAUACAAAGUACAUGUAGCAUCUCACGACGGUUCGUUACCAUUCAGAUGUGAUAUCUGCGGACAUGGAUUCCAACUGUCGUGUAAUUUGUCAGUACAUUUACGAAGACACGUACAAGACUACACUUUUAAAUGUGAGGUGUGCAACAAGCCAUGCGCAACGACCUCGGAAGUAAAAAUCCAUAUGCGCACGCACACCGACGAACGUCCAUUUGUUUGCGAUGUUUGUGGUCACAAAACGCGAACGUCAUCACACCUUCUGUCACACUCGUUGCGCCACCAGAAGCGUUAUCGUCACAGGUGUAAACUUUGUUCGAAAAAGUUCUAUGAUAAAGGAUCCUUGAACGAGCAUAUGAGCGUCCACAGGAAUGUGCGGGACCAAAUAUGCAAUGUGUGCAACAAAGGUUUUGUAAGCACUAAGCAUUUGCGGCAGCAUAUGCUUAUCCAUAAUGCGGAAAAGAGGUAUUUAUGCAAGUUUUGUGGAAAACGUUUUGCCCAACAUGCGGGUCUCAGCGGACACAUGAAGUCGCACGGUACAAAAUUGACUUCGAACGUGUAUGAACUCAUACGCUAGAGAUAAAAAAUUAAUUUACUUUUAUUUCCAUAAAAAUUUGUAUUAUAUAACUGUGUAAGUGAAUGUAAAUUGGUAUCCUAAAAUAA